GCAUCAACAAGAGCUGCAAGAUGCCUAAAUGUUGGAUUGGAUACAAUCUGUUUGACAAGUAAUCCUAAUGAUUUUCACCUUCUAAAGUACAAACCAUAAAGUAAUUCAGUUCAACCAAUUGAGCAACUAUCAAACAAUCCCUAAGCUAGUUGCGCCUUCAGCUGAAACCCUUUGCAACAUUUUGCCAAUUCCUUCUUACUUUCAAUAUUAGCCUCCAAUAUCUUGUAGGCUUUUACAGAAUUUCUUUAAAAACAUUGACGAGUCCUAAUAGUAUAGUAAGUAUGCUGUAAAAUCUAUUUUAUUUGAUAUAAUUGAGUGGGGUUUUUGAUUGGUUAGAUCAUUCCUUCUGUGUCUUGAGAUUUUUUGGAUUAACUUGAAAAACCCCUCUCUGCGUUUUUUGUUGAUUUAUGUCGAAGUCUAUUAGUUUCCUCGGGGGAGUUGACUGCUGUUUGUAUACUUCAGGGUAGGUUUCAGUCACUGUCAAAACUUCAGGGGAGGUUGCAGCAAUUUACCCUAUUUCUUAAUCUAGGAAGUGGUUCAACACAACUAUAGAGAGAGCUGGAUGGUUUGGAUCAAACUUGGAUCAGCACAAGAUUUUCAGCCCAAAGAACUUGCCAAGCAGAAAAGAAAUUAUUAAACCAUGGUGUAAGAGGGUUAUGAUCAGUUUGGUCUAUGAAUUUCUCAAAAAUCUGUAUUUCGGCAGCCACUAAGUCAUCUUUUAAUCGAAAUUCCACGUUGAAAAUAGAUGCUUCAGUCUUAGAUACCAUCUUGCAGAAAUGCCAGAAUCUGAAGCACCUCAACCAAGUGCAUUGUCAGAUGAUUGUUUCAGGAUUGAUCAACCAUACUUUUGCUGCAAGCCGGCUUCUUAAGUUCUCCACUGAUUCACAGUUUGUCCCCCUCGAUUACUCUCGUUGGAUACUUGGUCAAAUUCAAACCCCAAAUGGCUUUAUUUGGAACACCCUAAUGAGGGCAUAUUUGCAGAGUUCUCCUCGAUCUACAAUAGUCCUCUACAAAUCAAUGUUGGAGAAGAAUGUUGACCCGGAUAACCACACAUACCCAAUUCUAGUUCAAGCUAGUUCCAUUCGAUUAUCUGAACUAGAAGGACGAGAAAUCCAUAAUCAUGUUCUGAAAAUGGGCUUUGACUUAGAUGCUUAUGUCCAGAAUACAUUAAUCCAUAUGUAUGCUGUUUGUGGGAGCUUGAAUGAUGCACGAAAGCUGUUCAACGAGAGUCUUGCAUUGGAUUUGGUCACGUGGAAUUCAAUAUUAGCUGCAUAUGUUAGGAUUGGAGACGUGGAAGAAGCAAGGUCAAUAUUCUAUCAGAUGCCAAACAGGAAUACUAUUGCAUCAAAUUCUAUGAUAUCACUCCUUGGAAGCGUUGGCUGCGUGAGUGAGGCUCGUAAGUUAUUUGAUGAGAUGCCCCAGAAAGAUAUGGUUUCGUGGAGUGCUUUAAUCUCCUCUUAUAAGCAAAAUGACAUGCUCGAAGAGGCCUGGGCUUUAUUUGUACAAAUGCAUGCCAAGGGCAUUAUGGUGGAUGAGGUUGUGAUAGUUACUGUUCUUUCUGCAUGUGAAGGCUUAUCUGCAACCAAGGAAGGGCAGUUAAUUCACGGACUGACCAUAAAAAAUGGAGUUGAGUCCUAUGUUAAUCUUCAGAAUGCACUAAUUGACAUGUAUUCAAGCUGUGGGGACAUUUUUGCAGCAAGGAGAAUAUUUGAUGCUAUCCAGAACAUAGACCAGAUUUCUUGGAACUCUAUGAUCUUCGGGUAUUUGAAAUCUGGAUCAAUUGAAGAUGCACAGAGAUUGUUUGAUUCAAUGCCUGUGAAGGAUAUUGUAUCGUGGAGCACAAUGAUAUCGGGUUAUGCGCAACACAAUCAGUUUUCAGAAACCUUGUCACUAUUCCAUGAAAUGCAACUCAAUGGAAUUAGGCCUGACGAGACCACAUUGGUGAGUGUUAUCUCAGCUUGCACCCACUUGGCCGCUUUAGAUCAAGGCAAAUGGGUUCAUGCUUACAUACAGAAGAAUGGCUUAAAGAUCAAUGUAAUCCUUGGUACAACACUUAUAGACAUGUACAUGAAAUUUGGGUGUGUGGAAAGCGCAUUGGAGGUAUUUGAUGGGGUGGAGGAAAAGGGGGUUUCUACAUGGAAUGCUCUCAUUGGGGGCCUGGCUAUGAAUGGGUUGGUCAAGGAUUCUCUUGAGAAGUUCUCACUUAUGAAGAGGUGUGGAGUAGUGCCAAAUGAAAUAACCUUUGUGGGGGUCCUGGGGGCUUGUCGGCAUGCAGGCUUAGUGGAUGAGGGUUGCCAACACUUUGAUUCAAUGGUUCAGAUACACAACAUAAAACCUAAUGUUAAGCAUUAUGGAUGCAUGGUUGAUCUUCUUGGUCGUGCAGGCCUUCUUAAAGAGGCAGAGGACCUAAUACAGAGCAUGCCUAUGUUGCCAGAUAUUGCUACUUGGGGUGCCCUGCUUGGGGCUUGUGGGAAAUAUGGUGACACCGAGAUGGGGGAGAGAGUGGGAAGGAGGCUCAUUGAGUUGCAGCCUGACCACGAUGGUUUUCAUGUAUUAUUAUCUAACAUGUAUGCUUCAAAAGGAAAGUGGAAUGAUGUGAUAGAGAUUAGAGGGAUGAUGAAACAACAUGGAGUGGUGAAAAUCCCAGGUUGUAGCUUGAUUGAAGCCAAUGGUGUGGUUCAUGAAUUUCUAGCAGGAGAUAAGGCACACCCAAGAAUAAAAGAGAUUGACAGAAUGUUGGAAGAGAUGGCCAAGAGAUUGAAGAUGGAAGGAUAUGCCCCAGAGACCAAUGUUGUUGCUCUUGACAUAGAUGAAGAAGAGAAAGAAAGUACUCUAUAUAGGCAUAGUGAAAAACUUGCAAUUGCCUUUGGGCUUAUUAGCACUAACCCACCAGCACCUAUUAGGAUAAUGAAAAACUUACGUAUAUGUGGUGAUUGCCAUAUGGCAGCAAAAGCCAUCUCAAGAGUCUAUGGGCGUGAAAUUGUGGUGAGGGAUCGCCAUCGUUUUCACCACUUCAAAGAUGGUUCAUGUUCGUGCAUGGACUAUUGGUGAUAUGUUCUUGUAUAUAUAAUACAAUUGGUUUUGAAUCAGAGUUUGGGGUAAAGAUCACAUUUCCAAUUUUAGCCAUUGCUGUGAUUUUGGAUCCCUAAUACAUGUUAAAAAAUGUGGGAUUUGCGUUUACAAGGUUAUAUAGUGAGAAUGGUAAAGAUAAAAGUGCUCAUUUUUUAAUAUUAAUUGAAUCCACAGUUAUUGAUAAAAAAAAUAAAAAUAAAAGUGUUCAUGUUUGAGACACAUUGUAUGCAUUAUUCAAAGAAUGCAUGAAUCACUAUUCACCAAUUGGUUUGAAUAGGAGGGGUGUUUAGGGAUGAUGAGGGCAAAUUAAUUACAUUAUAUUCAGGCCUGAUUGGUGUAGGGGAUGCUAUGGAAAGUGUGGAAUAUAAUUACAUUAUAUUCAGGCCUGAUUGGUGUAGGGGAUGCCUCUUUAAGGGCUGAAGCUAUGGAAUGCUCAAGGGAGUACAAAGGGCAAGAAAUUUGAAUAUUAGGAACCUAAUCAUUGAAGGAGAAUCCAAGCUGGUUGUGGGUUGGCUACAAAGAGGCAAAGUGUGGAAUUACAAUAAUGAAAAAUAGAAAUUCAGAUGGCUGAAAAGACAUGGAAGUGGGGCUGCAUUGGGUCAAAAGAAGUGCUAAUUCCUUGGCCGAUGCUUUAGCCAAACAAGGGUUGGGGAGAGAUUAGAUGGUCUAUCUCUCUAUAACAUGUUUCAACUUGUCUGCACCCCAGGUUUUGAAGUUUUUGAUGGAAAGAAAUAGUAUAAAUGCUCUACAUGACCAGGUCACAAUUGGGACCCUUAUUCUCCAGGAUUGUGCUGUGGGUUUACUGUUUGCACUGCUUCCAGUUCUAGGUGGUAUUUCUGGUGUUCUUCAAGGAGUAAUAUCCAUGACUAAGUCGUGUGGCUUCUAUUAAAUGACAGAGCUACUGGAAAAUGAUUUCAGUCUUAUAUUCUGUUAUGCUGAAGUGCUUACAUCUUAUCAUGAUUUUGACUGGUCUUAUCUGUCCUGACAAAUGAACUUUAUCAGCUGGCUUCAGUUGCGUUUUGUUUACUUGUUGCUUGGUGUAGUGAUAAGCUCAGUCUAAGCCUUGAAUUAGGUUCCUUUGCUGCGGGUGUGAUGAUAUCAACCACUGAUCUUGCACAACAUACACUUGAA